AUGGGAAUUUUGAAUACUGUGGAGACAGACAGUACGAAAAAGGCUCAGAUUCUUCCAAUUCCACUAUCAACGCACCAAAUAGACACCACAUCAACCUCUUCAUCAGGGACUUCUCUCUCUAAUAAUACAAUUCUUCCAAUUCCACUAUCAACGCACCAAAUAGACACCACAUCAACUUCUUCAUCAGGGACUUCUCUCUCUAAUAAUACAAUUCUUCCAAUUCCAACAUCAUUCCACCGAAUUGACACCACAUCGACCCCUUUGUCAGGGACUUCUCUCUCUAAUAAUUCAAUUCUUCCAAUUCCACUAUCAAUGAACCAAAUAGACACAUCAACCUCUUCAUCAGGGACUUCUCUCUCUAAUAAUACAAUUCUUCCAAUUCCACUAUCAACGCACCAAAUAGACACCACAUCAACCUCUUCAUCAGGGACUUCUCUCUCUAAUAAUACAAUUUUUCCAAUUCCACUAUCAACACACCAAAUAGACACCAGAUCAACCUCUUCAUCAGGGACUUCUCUCUCUAAUAAUACAAUUCUUCCAAUUCCACUAUCAACGCACCAAAUAGACACAUCAGCCUCUUCAUCAGGGACUUCUCUCUCUAAUAAUACAAUUCUUCCAAUUCCAUCAACGCACCCAAUGGACACCACAUCGACCUCUAAUAAUACAAUUCUUCCAAUUCCACUAUCAACGCACCAAAUAGACACCACAUCAACCCCUUCGUCAGGGACUUCUCUCUCUAAUAAUUCAAUUCUUCCAAUUCCACUACCAACGCACCAAAUAGACACCACAUCAACCUCUUCAUCAGGGACUUCUCUCUCUAAUAAUACAAUUCUUCCAAUUCCACUAUCAACGCACCAAAUAGACACCACAUCAACCUCUUCAUCAGGGACUUCUCUCUCUAAUAAUACAAUUCUUCUAAUUCCACUGUCAACGCACCAAAUAGACACCACAUCAACCUCUAAUAAUACAAUUCUUCCAAUUCCACUAUCAACGCACCAAAUAGACACCACAUCAACCUCUUCAUCAGGGACUUCUCUCUCUAAUAAUACAAUUCUUCUAAUUCCACUGUCAACGCACCAAAUAGACACCACAUCAACCUCUAAUAAUACAAUUCUUCCAAUUCCACUAUCAACGCACCAAAUAGACACCACAUCAACCCCUUCGUCAGGGACUUCUCUCUCUAAUAAUUCAAUUCUUCGAAUUCCACUACGAACGCACCAAAUAGACACCACAUCAACCUCUUCAUCAGGGACUUCUCUCUCUAAUAAUACAAUUCUUCCAAUUCCACUAUCAACGCACCAAAUAGACACCACAUCAACCUCUUCAUCAGGGACUUCUCUCUCUAAUAAUACAAUUCUUCCAAUUCCACUAUCAACGCACCAAAUAGACACCACAUCAACUUCUUCAUCAGGGACUUCUCUCUCUAAUAAUACAGUAUGUAUCUGUCUAUAA